AUGGAUGCAGACUAUGCUGGAGUCAGCCUUAUUGCAGCCUCCGAGUCGCUAUGUUGGCCACUUCUUACGUUUUAUAACUCUAUAUCAACAGUCGAGUGUGCUCCGGAUGAUGGCUGGUUCUCGUCGCGCGCGGCGGGCCAGCCGGCACGGACGGCGGAGGAGGUGCGGCGGCACUACGAGGCGCUGGUGGAGGACGUGGGCGCCAUCGAGGCCGGUUGCGUCCCGCUCCUGCGCUACGCCGGCGAGGAGUCUGCCGCAACGCCCGACAGUGCCGCCUCUGCCUCCGCGCCGAAGGACGGCGUCGACAUGGGGAAGAGCUGCUCCAAAGCCGAGCUGGAGAGCCGCAAGGGCAUCCCGUGGAUAGAAGAGUCUCAGGUAGAAGACGACUGCCAAAAUCUGGCUAUGUACCAGGAUGCAGCUAGAAAAUAG